GGAGGAAGGUGUGUGGGGGCAGGCUGGCCCGGGCUGAAGCGCUCCAGCAGCCUCUCACAGGCCAGCCAUGUCCAGCCCGGGGCUCCUGCUCCUGGUCCUGCUGCUGGCACCACUGCCACUGCAGCCCUCCUUGCUGCCACCGCCAGACACCCCAGAGGGCAAGGCCGCCAUCACGGGCCUCAUCCUCUCUGCGCUGGAGAGAGCCACGUCCUUCCUGAAGAAGAGGCUGCCUGAAAUCAACCUGGAUGGCGUGGUGGGGUUCCGGGUGCUGGAAGUGCAGCUAAAAGGCAUUCAGGAGAAAUGGGCCUGGGAUCCCCGGCUGCAGCCGCUCAGCCUGCGUGCAGGGAAGCUGGCGGAAAAGCUUGGUCCUCUCCUCCACAGAUCCAUCUUCCACCUCCAGCUGAGUGAUCCCAAGUACCUAAGAGAGUUCCAGCCGACUAUCGAGUCCGGAUUUUGGAAGCUCCCACGUGCCUGGACCCACACCAAUGCCUCCAUGGUCUACCCCACAUUCGAGCCACAGGACUCCUUCUCAGAGGAACGCAGUGACUUGUGCCUGGUGCAGCUGCUUGGAACCAGGGCAGAUGGCAGCCAGCCCUGCAGGCUCUCAGAUUUCUGCAGGACCCUCAUGACGAGGCCCGGCUGCUCUGGCUACUGCCUGUCCCACCAGCUGCUCUUCUUCCUCGUGGCCAGAAUGAGAGGAUGCACGAAGGGGCUGUUCCGCCAGAGCCAGCGCUACAUGAACCUCUUCUGCGCCAACAUGAUGGACCUGAACCGGAGGGCUGAGGCCAUCGGAUAUGCCUACCAGACUCGGGACCUCUUCAUGGAAAACAUCAUGCUCUGUGGAAUUGGCGGCUUCUCCGACUUCUACAAGCUCCGGUGGCUAGAGGCCAUUCUCAGCUGGCAGAAGCUGCAGGAAGGAUGCUUCGGGAGGCCCGCUGCUGAAGAUGAAGAAUUACCUAAAGCCAUUAAUUACCAACAUCAUUUUUUGAGAAGAGUGAAGAGGCGAGAUAAACAAUUUACAGACGGUUGCUCCUCCCACAACACAGCCAUGGCCGUCGCGGCCCUGGGUGGCUUCCUCUACGUCCUGGCGGAAUACCCCCCAGCAGACGGAGAGCUGCGGCCGCCCACGCCAGCACCGCCUAAGGGCCACUGACACAGAUGGUUCCGCGCUUGCUGCCCGCCAGGAAGAUAAAAUGUACGCCUUUAGUCCUUCCUUCCUUCUUUAAGGCCUGGGGCCUGGGUCACACCCUGUGAAGGAGGCAGCUGAAGCACAGCAACCCAGCAUCAUCCCCUGGGGAAGCCGGGCCAGGGAUCGGGGCUGGGAUGGACCCAGGCUUGGGAGCAGAUGAAUAAAUUUAGAGUGCAGUUGAGUGGGGAUUUGAGUCUUGGUUCUCAGCCUUUCAGACAACUUGGAGGGCUCUGUUUUGAGUCUUCAACCCCACGCAACACAAGUUCUUAAAAAAAAAAA